AUGAUUCAAUACGCGAAUACGGACUCUUGGCAGACUGCUUUCGAACGUGUCAUGGGCAGUGGCGAUGGUGUUGGGGUUGGAAGUGUGACCAUGGACGACCACCGAACAAGUGAAACAGUAAGCGGAAAUGCAGUCGAUCAGGAAAGCGGGCUCAAUGCGGCCGGUAUCAAUCGAAUGAGUGUGUCCAAUAUUCUCAUUGAUGACAUUGAAAUGAGUGAUUGA